AUGGUAGAUCUUGAUGAUUUAGAACGUGAAUGUCCGAUAUCUGUACAUAUCGAAAUGUUUGCUCAUUGGGAACAACACUGUAGACUCGAUGAUCACAAAGUGGAUCUUAUUGAUCUUUAUCAACGCUAUAAUACUAAUCCGAAAACAGGUUUAACAGAUGUCGAAGCUCGACGGCUGCUUGAUCGUGAUGGUCCUAAUGUUUUAUCACCAUCACAGAGUGAAAUAUCAGAAUGGAUUGGCAACGUGAUCAAAGUUCGUGAGCUCAAUCGAAAAGUAUGUGAAAUUCCAUUUAAUUCAACAAAUAGAUAUCAUGCAUCGAUCCAUGAAGUGCAUACUGAUAUUGAAACUGACAACAUUUCUCGACCUUAUUUAUUAGUGAUGAAAGGAGCUCCUGAACAGAUUCUUGAACGAUGUUCAAGUAUAUUUAUCAAUGGUGCAAACAUUGAAAUGAACAAUUAUUGGCGAAGUGAAUUCCAGCGAUCUUAUAUGGAAUUGGCAAGUAUGGGAGAAUCAGUAUUGGGUUUUUGUGAUUUACAUCUAUCAAGUCAUGAUUAUCCGAAAGACUAUCAAUUCGAUGGUGAGCAAGUCAAUUUUCCACUGGACAAUCUUCGUUUUCUCGGUCUUAUGUCGAUGAUUGAUCCGCCGAAAGUAGCUGUUCCUGAAGCUGUAGCUAAAUGUCGUUCAGCUGGAAUCAAAAUAAUUAUGAUGACUAGUGAUCAUCCGAUUACGGCUAAAGUCAUUGCACGUGCUGUGGGUAUCAUUUCUGAAAAUACAGAAACAGUGGAAGAUAUUGCUGAACGACUGGAAAUUCCUCCAGAACGAGUCGAUCCACAUAAAGCUAAAGCAUGUGUUAUUGAUGGUAAUGAUCUCAAAAAAAUGUUACCAGCUGAAAUCGAUACAGUUUUGAGAAAUCAUACAGAGAUUGUUUUUGCAAGAAUAGAUCCUGAACAAAAACUGAUUAUUGUUGAAGAAUGUCAACGACAAGGUGCUAUUGUGACUGUGAUAGGUGGCGAUGUCUACGAUUCAUCAGCUCUGAGAAAAGCCGACAUCGGAGUAACUAUGGAUACACCAUUAGCAUUAGGGACUAUUAUUAUUUUGUGUAUCGAUCUGGUAACAGAUAUAAUACCGGCCAUUUCCUUAGCAUAUGAGAAAGCGGAAACAGAUAUUAUGAAGCGACGACCAAGCAUUCCACGACAUAAUCGACUCGUGAACGAACGUCUUAUAUCAAUGACCUACGGUCAAAUUGGAUUCAUUCAAGUAGGUGCUGGAUUCUUUACCUAUUUUGUGAUCAUGGCCGAGAAUGGUUUUUUACCAUCACGUCUUGUUGGUCUGAGAAAGUCAUGGGAAUCAAAAUAUGUCAACGAUCUUCAAGAUUCCUACGGUCAAGAAUGGACCUAUGAACAACGCAAACAACUCGAAGUUACAUGUCAUAUAGCUUUCUUCAUUGCUAUCAUUAUUUGUCAAUCGGCUGUAUUAAUCAUAUGCAAAACUCGACGAAAUUCCAUUGUACAACAAGGCAUGAAGUAA